AUGGCUGCCGCAGCACACACAAUACCAGGUUUUGAAUUCUCAACUGCCGACGACGACAACAUGGAUCUGCAUUCCGACGAUGGCGGCAUCGACUUCGACGAUGGUGACAUCGACUUAGAUCUCGACCCCCCGCCUCCCCAGCCCCAGGACGAAGAGAUGUCCAUGAACGAUGCAGCCUCGGUUAACGACGUGGAUGCUCAGACCGUGCCUGGCGAGCAGGACGAUUUCAUGGUCGACCAAGAGGACGUGAUCGAGGAGGACUAUAGCUUCCAAGAAGAUCAAGGCGUCACACUCGUUGACCAGCCUGUCGCACAGCCUGAUCAGUCCGCACAGCCUACACAGUCACCACAGCCUGCCGCAGUCAAUCUUCCCCCGAUCCAGACCAAUACAUCGCAUCAAGACGACGACCUGAUUGACUAUUCCGAAGAGGAAGGCGAUGAUUACCACAACCCCGAGCUACGUUCACCAUGGCUACGAACCGAAAGCUACGCAAGCUACUACUCGGACGCGCAGGCGGUACAUGACGAUAUGCCUAAGGAGAUGACUGAACAGCAGGAUGAGAUACCCGCUGAUUUGCAAGCUCUACUUCCCAUGUCUGCAGAUAACAAGUCGCCCAGCCCGCACCGAGAGCCCCAGACCGUAGUUGAUGAUAGCCCGACGCGCGCAGCGGCGCAUGAAGCCGCACCCUCACCCCACUCGCAAUCGGUCGACGACAACGAAGAAGACAGUCAGAAUGAUGAUGGUGACGGCGGUGUCAUGUUGCCAGGCCAGGAACAACAUGCAGAUGGUGAAACCCAAGAUCAAGACUCGACACACCACGGCUAUGAACAAGAAGCUACUGCUGAUGACAGCGAGGAUCAUGACAGUGACUCAUCUGGAUUCCCAUCUGUCACCGUGAACCUCCAUGGCGAAGAGUAUUGGCUUUUCAAGCAGCAUGACUACGACAACAGUGGUGACUGGCUCAUUCAGGACAUCUCGCUUGCGAAGGCUAGUUUGUCAGACCUCUUUCAAGCAUGCCGUAUGUCCCUGUGUGAGGAUGUGUCAAACGAGACAGAGAUCGGCUUCAAAUUUGAGCACUUGCAGAAUCUGGAAAUCUUCGAAGACAACACGGCAUGUGUAGCUGUUUCGCUUGAGCGUCUCGUGGGAUACUACCGUUCGCUCCAUGCACAAGAUGGCAACAACAACCCAGACUCCUUUUAUAUCUCUUUGAUGCUUCGACCGCGCUUCGCCACUCUGCUCUCAGACAUCGCGAAAUUUGCCGACCAAGGAAGCGGCUAUUCUGCUUUUGAGGCUGCCGUUGUCGCUGGUGAGACUCAUUUCGCUGGCAUGAUUGCUGGGGCUUCAAGUGAUGAGCCCACUGAGUGGGACACCCAGGAGCAGGAUCAAGCGUACGGUGAGCAGCGAGAAGAAGCAGGAGAUCAUGUUGAGGAGCCGGAGUCUGCGAAUGCUGAAGCACAGGCAUCAGAACAUGACGGCAAGGGUGACCACAACGAAGGGGAAGAUGAACAAGAGGCCCACGACGGCGAGCAUGAUGACGAAGCAGAAGAUGAGCAAGAGGCCCAUAGCGGCGAGGGAGUGGAUGUGCAUGAGGUGGAGCACACAUCGGUCGACCAUGCUUCUUACAAUGAGCUCGAUCAAAACGAAGAACCCACUGAGCAAAAUGCUCAAGAGGGGGAUGAUGCGGAGGAUCCAGAGCGCGAGGAGAUUGAGGUUGCCCAUUUGCCAGAAGAGGAGCAAGCACCGGCCCCUGAAGAAAGCCACAGUGUUCAAGCUGCUAAUCCUAGUGACGUAUCCACAAACCCCCAGGAAGUUGUAGAGCAACCUCAGCACGAGAGUCCCAGACCGAGCCAGAAGACCGACGCCGAAUCGGAAGCCCUUCGCUUGCAGGAGCAAGAUGACUUGAUUGACUACAGUGACGAAGAAGACGAACCGGCCGUGGAUGUCAAGGGACCCGAAGAUGCUUCCGCUAAUGAGCCGUCACCCUCGUCCGCGACGCUCCAAGGCGAUGAAUCUGCCAACGCAGAUGGACAUGACUUCAUCGUAGGCUCAUCCAGCCACAAUGAGAAUGCCGCCGAGAACGCUGAGGAAGCUGGCGAAGACGCUCAUGGCGAAGCAGUACAUGAUCAGACCGAAGGCAACGACGACAAUGGGCAGUCUUACCAGGACUUUGUGCAAGCUUUCGACGAAGAGGACCCCUUCCAGGACUUUCAAGCGGAUGGAACAGAUGACUAUGGUGCAGACGCAUACGACGGCGACACUAACCAAGACUUCGCCACCCAAGAAUACCAGGACCUGGACGAACAGCCAGAUCUGGACUUUAUGAAUGGAGACGAGUUCAACGUUGCUGGCGCCGAUAUGACGGAUGGCAACGAUGUGAACGGUACGGACGACUUCCUGGACCUGGAAAACAAUCCUGAGUGGGACGCCGACCCGGUUCUUGCUCAAGAGGGUUCAGAGAUGCCGGCCAUUGCACAUGAUCACACCGACGCCCAAGACGGAGAGGACGGUGUGGCUGGACAGACUGCGAACGCAACGUCUUCGGCUGCAGAUCCUACAACGGCCUCGUCUAACGAUGCCAAUGAUGUGUCCCCACAAGGACAAAAGCGAUCCAUCGACGAGGCUGGACAUGGAGCGGAUAUUGCAUCUGACUCUAUAGACGCCAAGCGCCCCAGAGUAUGA